GUAGGGUCCAGAUUAACGUUAUCAUCCUUGUUCCAAGUAAAGUUGGGUCAAUAGUAACAUCGCUAUGGUCCACGCAGAACCCCCAGCCUAACCUUCUCACUGACUCGGAUAAGAGGUAAUUCCGAAUCACAAAUAUUCGGCGUCCUUACCAAAUAACCGUGGCAUCGUGUUGGAGAGUGAUCGGCGAUUCGACUCUGCCCUAGUCCAUGUUUCAAGAACUCACUCCCAGCUUGACAUUCUCACUAGCAAGAGUAAUGUGGCUAAUGAUUCUCCUCCUCUACCGUAAUCUGCAUUACGAAGUCCGGCUCCCCUUCCCAGCCAGAGCGACCUUAAUCCCGGUUAUACUUCCGCGUCGAAUAAGAUAAGUAGUGCUAUUGAAUUUUUCACUCAAAUCUUUUUCCAGCCCACUCAACACCAUGAUCCCAGAAAACUCCAUCAUGAGUGUCAAUAUAUCAUAUACCGCUAGUAUCGUCGCAAUCGUGGUGGUCUUUGCCAAGUUAUACCAGAAGUCCUCAUUAGCCUCCGGAAAGAACAGCAUUCCGCUUCCGCCUGGACCUCCCGCCCGUUGGUUCUGGAGCAACGCUUUACCUACUGUGAACAUUGCCCAUGCGCUGACCGACUUGGUCCGGGAGUAUGGCUCGAUCGUGUCGUUGCGACAAGGUAGCCAAGUGAUAGUUGUCAUUGGCAGCGUUGAGGCAGCCACGGACAUCAUGGAGAAAGAGGGGGGAUCACUGGUUGAUCGACCGGGGUCCGUUGCUGUGGGUGAGAUGCUCUCAAAGGGAAUGCGGAUUCUCAUGGCUCGUUCCGGAGAUCGUUUUCGGCGCCUCCGGAAAGCAGUACAUACCCAUUUACAACCGAAGGUGGCAGAGACAUACCAAAAUAUGCAACGCGAGAAUGCGAUGAUUUUCGUAUUGGAUAUGCUGAAUGAUCCAAAGAACCCCCAGAAGCACGCACAGAGAUUUGCAGCAUCAGUCAUUCUUCGGGUGACUUAUGGGAAGUCUGUGCCCACUGCCAACACCGAUCCUGAAGUUGUCCGUAUCCGCAGAGUCAUGGAGCAUUUUCAGGUCGCGAUGCGCCCAGGAGCUUAUCUCGUCGAUCGUGUGCCCCUUUUGCGCUACUGGCCUAGUUACGGAAAACAACUUGCUGAGUGGCAUCAUGAGGAGCUAGAGCUAUACAAGCAUCAACUACAGCGCGUCGAGAGUGAAAUUGAUCAAAACACAGCCGGCCCCUCUUUUACUAAGACACUAUUGGAGCACGCCAAUGAAUAUCAACUUUCCACAGAUGAAAUGGCAUAUCUUGCCGGAUCACUCUUUGGGGCGGGAUCUGAUACGACCGCUGUUGCAAUGACCGUUGCUAUUAUGGCUGCAGCAUGUUACCCAGCGGCCCAGGCAAAGGUCCACGAGGAGCUUAAUAUGAUCAUCGGGUCAGACAGAGCGCCAACAUUUGAAGACUCAAGCUCCCUCCCCCAAUUGCAUGCGUUCUUGUUGGAAAGCUUGAGAUGGAGACCUGUCAUCCGCAUAGGAUUUCCACACCGUGCAACAAAGGAUAUUUUCUGGCAAGGAUACUACAUUCCUGAGGGUGCAAUAGUUUAUGGGUGCCAAUGGGCUAUUUCUCGCGAUCCUAUUGCCUUCCCAGAUCCUGAAACGUUCGAUCCCCAGCGCUGGAUUGACUCCGAAGGCCGCCUCAAAGACAACGUCAAGUUCAUCACAUAUGGCUUUGGUAGACGUGUAUGUCCCGGUCUGCACCUCGCAAACCACUCGUUGUACAUCAGCCUCGCACUUCUGUUGUGGUCUUUCCGCAUCGUUCAACGACCUGACGCCCCGAUCAACACGCAUGCUUUCUUGGAUGCUGUUAUUGCCCACGCAAGGCCAUUUGAAAUCGAUGUCAUUCCCCGGAUCGAAGUUGCGAAACUGAAAGAGCUUAUGACUGACGGUGUAUAGAUUAAAGAAGCUUAUAUCCGCCGGAGAGAUAUUAGACUACAUAGGAGAGCUGGUCCAGCAUAUGCAUGUAGACAGGCAAGACGAGCAUGUCAUUUAUUUGAGUUCAAUCAGCAGAGGAAGAAAGGCACCCGGGAAAACUCAUCACAACGGACUCAUCAACAC